GACCUUACUGCUGGUUGAUCUCUCCGGAUGAGUACUCGGACUUGGGAGAGGAGACGGUUCCACUGCGCUCUCUCUUCGACUUAUUGCCUCACAAAAAGCCGAUUUCUGAAGUAGUCGCCGAACAGGUGAGAGACAAUGCAAGGGCCACAUUGCAGGUGAAUAUCGAGGGGCGUCGUUUCUACUGCAUACCCAACCUGGUCAAGUGCUAUUCGGUUGCUCCGAAUAGAAGAAGUUCGGGAUGUACGCACUCUGAUGUUGCGAAGGAUUCGAAAUUACUUCCUAGCGCUCGUCGGGAGCAAAUAUUUCGCAGAGCUAACAGUAGACGACCUCGAAGACCUACUUAAGCGCGACUCUAUCGGAGUUAACUCCGAAAUAGAGGUCUUCUUGCUGGUCCUGCGCUGGUUGAACCUGGCGGGUGACAAACGCCUUAAGCAUCUGGGCCGCCUAUUGGAUUGCGUAAGAUUUAAUCUCAUGCCGAUUGCCUUCCUGUGGACCCUGCGCGAUGGCUUUACGCACCCGGACAAGGAUCACCUUUUCUCGGCAGACCCCAUGCUGCUUGCCUUCAACUCGGAUCCUAAAACAGAAACGCUCCUUACCGAUGCCAUGUCCCACGUCGCCACGGCUGAUUCCUUCAUGGGCGACCAUAAUACUUAUUUGGAGCACAUGAACUUGCAUCUUUUGCCACCGACUUAUCCACGCAAACACGGCUACCAUCACAAGUUGCCGUACCACUAGUACAUGCUGGGAGUU